GCUGUUGCGGGAGCGACUUUCUGCUUUCGAGGAAGAGAAGGCUGAAUUCCGCCUGAUCCUGCGAAGCUCGAGAGAGAACUACGAUCUCAAGCAUGGAGUUCGCCAAGCCGAGGAGGUGCCUGCCGGCGCGGGAGCUGCAUCCGAAGGCGCCCAGCACAUGCUCUCGUUUUCGCCUCUCCGUCUGCUGUCCGCCAUCUUUUCUCCGUUCUUGACUGCCUCGGCCCCGGGCAUGCAAGCUCCAGAAUCCGUGUCGAUCCGUCGGGUGCUUCCGAGGAAGGAGACAUGCGUGAAAUCCAUGCGCAGCUUGGGACUCAGUCGCAGCUUCGCAGUCCCCGAGGACAGCAUGGAGAGCGCAGCUGCGCUGCUUAGGUCUCGCUUGGACGAAGCCGACGGCCGAAACGAGGGCUGA